CAGACACCAGACUGAACUUUUAUUGAAUGCUAAACAUGAACUGACCAGCCAGGGCCAUAAUCUGGACUCGGGAGUCAGAUUAUGACUUUGGUGUGCUCCUAAACCACGUGUUUGUUUGUUUUAACAUAAAAAAACUAUAACCAGUAGCAACCAGAUAAUAAAAGUGUAAUCGGGUGUAGGAAACAAGCCGCAACUAGGUAACAACCAGGUAACAAAAACGCAACCACGUAUCCAGCUGUAGGAAGCAACAUUUCAUCAUUUUGACUAGCUAGACAAAGCGUUUCUAACUGACCUUUAAUGUGAUUGGUUCUGCAGUUGGGGGACUUGAUAGAGUGUCCAGGUAACAAAGUAUACAAAGUUUGAGAAAUGAGGCCAUAGAGACAAAAUCACCGUGGACACUUGGAGGCAAAAUGGCUUCCGAUGUGCUGAAGGCUACAGCAGGUGUUAACAGAGGAGCCGUCCUUACGCUAAGGCUACAGAAUUGAAGCGGGUUACAAAAGGUGUGCGCCCGUCUGAGGUCUUCAGACACUGAUGAGGGUGUCGAGGCGGCUCUACAUGCAUGGCCAUCAGCCUAGCGACCCGCGUUCCAUCCCCGGGACCUCCACGGCGGACUGCUGGACUCCCACCGCGACUCCUUCGAUCCCAACACGCACGCUCUGGCCACGCUCCCGCCUCCUCGCACGCAUGCGAAUUAAAGGAGAAAAAUUCUGAUCCUUAACGUGAAUAGGCGAACGCGAGGAGCAGCAACCACGACAGCCGCUCUAUCGACCAGCCGGGUGGCCGCCGCCGGCUCGCUUUAGAGCAGGGGAAGGGCCGCGCUAGCCCGCGGCGUUCACUCCGCGUCCUGUUGGCAGCCGCUUCCUGUUUUGCAACGGUGCAUUAUGGGAUGAAUAGUCUACUUUCCCAGAGCCGCCCGCGAGUGUGCGGCCGACACACAACUCCAUUUCCCGAGAUUCCUAGCAGCCGCUGCUUCCCUCAGAGGUGCCAGGCCGGUUCCGGUUGCAUCAGCGUGGUCUCCCGGGCAGAAUGAGGCUGUUCGUGAGCGAGGGCUCCCCGGGCAGCCUGCCGGUGUUGGCUGCAGCCGCCAAGGCCCGGGGCCGAGCGGAGCUGCUCAUCAGCAACGUGGGCCCCGAAGAGUGCGUGGUGCCGUUCCUGACGCAGCCGAAGGUCCCUGCCUUGCAGCUGGAGAGCGGUAACUACCUCUUCUCUGCCAGUGCAAUCUGCCGAUAUUUUUUCCUGUUAUCUGGCUGGGACCAGGAUGAUCUUACCAAUCAGUGGCUGGAAUGGGAAGCAACGGAGCUGCAGCCGGUUUUGUCUGCUGCCCUACACUGCUUAGUGGUUCAAGGCAAGAAAGGAGAAGAUGUACUUGGCCCACUUCGGAGAGCCCUGACUCACAUUGAUCACAGCUUGAGUCGUCAGAACUGUCCUUUCCUGGCUGGGGACACAGAAUCUCUAGCUGACAUCGUUUUGUGGGGAGCACUAUAUCCAUUGCUGCAAGACCCAGCUUACCUCCCUGAGGAGUUGAGCUCCCUACAAAGCUGGUUCCAUACGCUGAGUACUCAGGAGCCAUGUCAAAGAGCUGCAGAAACUGUGCUGAAACAGCAGGGUGUCCUCGCACUACGGCCCUACCUCCAAAAACAGCCCCAGCCUCAGGCACGCCCUUCUGAGGGGAGACCUGUCAGCAAUGAACCUGAGGAGGAGGAGCUGGCUACUCUGUCUGAGGAAGACAUCAUCAUAGCUGUGAAUGCUUGGGAGAAGGGCCUGGAUAGCUUACCCCCACUUCAGCCCCAGCAGUAUCCAGUGUUGCCUGUUGCUGGAGAACGGAAUGUGCUCAUUACGAGUGCCCUCCCUUAUGUCAACAAUGUCCCCCAUCUUGGAAACAUCAUUGGUUGUGUGCUCAGUGCUGAUGUCUUUGCAAGGUACUCUCGUCUUCGCCAGUGGAAUACCCUGUAUGUGUGUGGAACGGAUGAGUAUGGUACAGCGACAGAGACCAAGGCUAUGGAAGAGGGUCUGACCCCACAGGAAAUCUGUGACAAAUAUCAUGCCAUCCACGCCGACAUCUACCGCUGGUUUAACAUCUCAUUUGAUACUUUCGGUCGCACCACCACUCCACAGCAGACGAAGAUCUCCCAGGACAUCUUCCAGAGGUUGCUGACACGGGGUUUUGUGCUUCAAGAUACUGUAGAGCAGCUGAGGUGUGAGCAGUGUGCACGCUUCUUGGCUGACCGCUUUGUGGAGGGAGUGUGUCCCUUCUGUGGCUAUGAAGAGGCCCGGGGUGACCAGUGUGACAAGUGUGGCAAGCUCAUCAAUGCCAUUGAGCUCAAGAAACCUCAGUGCAAAGUCUGCCGCUCGCACCCUGUGGUGGAGUCCUCUCAGCACUUGUUUCUGGACUUGCCUAAGUUGGAAAAGCGACUGGAGGACUGGCUGGGGAGGACAUUGCCUGGCAGUGACUGGACACCAAAUGCUCGGUUUAUUACUCGUUCUUGGCUUCGAGAUGGCCUCAAGGCACGAUGCAUAACCAGAGACCUCAAAUGGGGAACUCCUGUGCCCUUAGAAGGUUUUGAGGACAAGGUAUUUUAUGUCUGGUUUGAUGCUCCUAUUGGCUAUCUGUCUAUCACAGCCAACUAUACAGACCAAUGGGAGAGAUGGUGGAAGAAUCCAGAACAAGUUGACCUUUACCAGUUCAUGGCCAAAGACAACGUGCCCUUCCACGGCAUAAUUUUUCCUUGUUCAGCCCUAGGAGCUGAGGACAACUACACGUUAGUCAAGCAUCUCAUUGCUACAGAGUACCUGAAUUACGAGGAUGGGAAGUUCUCUAAGAGCCGGGGGGUAGGAGUGUUUGGAGACAUGGCCCAGGAUACGGGGAUCCCUGCUGACAUCUGGCGCUUUUAUCUGCUGUACAUUCGGCCUGAGGGCCAGGACAGUGCCUUCUCCUGGACAGACAUGCUGACUAAAAACAAUUCUGAGUUGCUUAACAACCUGGGCAACUUCAUCAACAGAGCUGGCAUGUUUGUGUCUAAGUUUUUUGGGGGCUGUGUGCCUGACAUGGUGUUAACCCAGGAUGACAGACGCAUGCUGGCCCAUAUCUCCUGGGAACUCCAGCACUAUCACCAGCUGCUGGAUAAGGUUCGGAUCCGGGACGCCUUACGCCGUAUCCUUACCAUAUCUCGGCAUGGCAACCAAUAUAUUCAAGUGAAUGAGCCUUGGAAACGGAUUAAAGGUGGUGAGGUGGACAGGCAGCGGGCAGGCACAGUGACAGGCGUGGCAGUGAACAUAGCUGCCCUGCUCUCUGUCAUGCUCCAUCCUUACAUGCCCACGGUCAGCUCCACCAUCCAGACCCAGCUCCAGCUUCCACUUCCAGCCUGCCGCGUCCUCCUCACACACUUCACCUGUACCUUACCAGCAGGUCACCGGAUUGGCACAGUCAGUCCUUUGUUUCAAAAACUGGAAAAUGACCAGAUUGAAAAUUUGAGGCAGCGCUUUGGAGGGGGCCAGCUCGAAGAGACCUUGGAGUUAAAGGCUAAAGGACCCCCCAGGCCAGUAGUUGUGGAGCCAGUUACAGCACCGGGGCCACUGCAGACACAGAUGCUGAUGGAUGAGGUGACCAGACAGGGCAACAUUGUCCGGGAACUGAAAGCACAAAAGGCAGACAAGAACCAGGUUGCUGCAGAGGUGGCUAAACUCUUGGACCUCAAGAAACAGCUGGCUUUGGCUGAGGGGAAACCCAUUGAAACUUCUAAAGGCAAGAAGAAAAAGUGAGAGGGUGCUCACAGAAAGUCACUUUACUGUCUGUGGACAAUAAUAAAGGAUGUACAGUGUGUAUAUACAA